CUCCGGGGUGUUUGAACAGGAAGGCGGACAUGUUGGUCAGGCUGUGGGAGAAAAUCGGGCAUCGUCUGCUGGUUUUUUUUCUUUCCGAAAACUAACACACAUUUUAAAGUAGAUGGAGAAGCCUUCGACCCGGGAGAUAGAGCACAGUGGACGGGAAACAGUCGACACUCAAUGACAGUACGCACGGGAUGCAGCGGAAGGACCGCCGUUAGACGUCGUAACGAUACUGUGUUUUAAACUCAUCGAAAUUUGGAAGAAGCAGAAGUUUUUUUUUCCCACCACUUCUACUUUUGAGCUGUCAGAAUCUAUUGUCGUUUUCUGUGCAAGGGCCUGUGGCACAGAUAUGGGAACGGGCCUGGACUAACCUUCCUAUAAUCAAAAACAGUUAACUUUUAAUUGCCUUUUUGUUCGGAUGCACCAACAUUUUUAAGCCCUUAUCCUCAGUGGCAUCCUGCGGAGGCUGACUAAUCUGUCGCCGCAUUUAUCUUUUGCCACUAGAAGUUGUCUGCCACUCAUUACCGAGGGGGGAGAAAAACAACCUCUUUCGACUCGUGAGAAUGUGGCUUUUGUACAUUCAACGCAACCUUAAACGUUUCAUCGUCUGUGAAAGCUCGAGGAGAACGAUGCAUUUUCUUUAAAGUGCUGCGUAAAGUUCACGCGAAGAAAAGGAACAUUUUGGCUAGCUAGCUACUGGCUGGCUGCUAAAGCUAGCUAGCUAGCCAGUGAGCGUGUUUUUGUUCACGACUCGAACGUUUAACAGCAAACAUGUCUGCUGGGGAAAGUAUGGCGGCUCGAUUUGAAAAAAUCGAUGCCAUGUUGAAGGACCCACAGUCAGAAGUAAACACGGAUUGUCUUCUGGACGGCUUGGACGCGCUGGUGUACGACCUCGACUUCCCUGCCCUGAGGAAAAACAAGAGCAUUGACAACUUUCUGAGUAGAUACAAGGAAACCAUUAGUAAAAUCCGUGAUCUACGCAUGAAAGCUGUGGACUAUGAGGUGGUUAAAGUUAUUGGGAGGGGAGCAUUUGGAGAGGUGCAAUUGGUAAGACACAAAGCCACGUGCAAGGUAUACGCCAUGAAGCUGCUGAGCAAGUUUGAGAUGAUCAAGAGGUCGGACUCUGCUUUCUUCUGGGAGGAGAGGGACAUCAUGGCUUUUGCCAACAGCUCAUGGGUGGUGCAGCUCUUUUUUGCGUUCCAAGACGACCGCUACCUCUACAUGGUGAUGGAAUACAUGCCGGGCGGCGACUUGGUGAACUUGAUGAGCAACUAUGACGUCCCAGAGAAGUGGGCCCGCUUUUACACAGCCGAAGUGGUGCUGGCUUUGGACGGGAUCCACUCCAUGGGCUUCAUUCACAGGGACGUGAAGCCCGAUAACAUGCUGCUGGACAAAGCAGGCCAUUUAAAACUGGCAGACUUCGGGACCUGCAUGAAAAUGAACAAGGACGGUAUGGUACGAUGUGACACAGCAGUGGGAACUCCAGACUACAUUUCGCCCGAGGUACUGAAAUCCCAAGGAGGAGAUGGCUAUUACGGCCGAGAGUGUGACUGGUGGUCAGUGGGAGUGUUCCUGUACGAGAUGCUAGUUGGCGACACUCCCUUCUACGCGGACUCCCUGGUGGGGACCUACAGCAAAAUUAUGAACCACAAGAAUGCCCUGACCUUCCCCGACGACAGCGACAUCUCCAAUGACGCCAAGAAUCUCAUCUGUGCUUUCCUCACUGACAGGGAAGUCCGCCUUGGCCGCAAUGGCGUAGAUGAGAUCAAGAGGCAUCCUUUCUUCAAGAAUGACCAGUGGACGUGGGAGAACAUCAGAGACACGGCUGCCCCGGUAGUGCCUGAGCUGAGCAGUGACGUGGACACCAGUAACUUCGAUGACAUCGAGGAGGAUCGGGGAGAGGAGGAGACCUUCCCCAUACCAAAGGCCUUUGUGGGCAACCAGCUCCCCUUCGUCGGCUUCACUUACUACAGCAGUCAGCACCUUAAGCGCAGCUCCAGCGCCGCCACGAAGGCCAGUGACAAACGUAGCAGCUCCACAAAGGAAGACAAGAGUCAUCUCGAGAACCUGCAGAAAAGGAUUUACCAGCUGGAAGAGCAGCUCCACAGUGAGAUGCAGCUGAAGGAUGAGUUGGAGCAGAAAUGCAGGACAUCAAACACCAAGAUCGACAAGAUCAUAAAGGACCUGGAUGAAGAGGCGAACCUGAGGAAGAGUGCGGAGGGCAGCGUGUCCCUACUGGAGAAGGACAAGAUCAUGCUGCAGCACAGAUUCACAGAGUACCAAAGAAAAGCUGACCAGGACGCAGAGAAGAGGCGCAAUUUGGAGAAUGAGGUGUCGACUUUAAAGGAGCAGCUUGAAGACAUGAGGAAGAUCAGCCAGAACUCUCAGGCCUCAAAUGACAAGAUCGUGCAGCUGCAGAAUCAGAUGGAAGAGGCCAACGACCUCCUGCGUGCAGAGUCGGACACCGCGGCGAGACUGAGGAAGAGCCACACAGAGAUGGCCAAGUCCAUGAGCCAGUUGGAGAGCUUGAACCGCGAGCUGCAGGAGAGGAGCCGCGCUGCGGACGGGGAGAAGGCCCAACUAGAGAAGGAGCUCCUGGUCCUUCAGAGCUCCCUGGACUCGGAGAGGAGGAACUACAGCCUGGGCUCUGAGGAGAUCAGGGAGCUGCAAGCGAGGAUGUCGAGCCUGCAAGAGGACAACAAAAGCUUGAAGCACAGCCUCUCCAAAGUGGAGUCUGAGCGCAAACAGGCUCAGGAGAGGAGCAAUAACCUGGAGAAGGAAAAGAACAACCUGGAGAUAGACCUGAACUACAAACUGAAGACGUUGCAGCAGCGUCUGGAGCAGGAACAGACUGAGCACAGGGUGAUGCGGGCACAGCUCACUGACAAAUAUGAGUCCAUCGAAGAAGCCAAGUCAGCUGCUACGAAUGCUGUUCAGUCGAAGAUGUCUGAGGAGAACGGCGCGAGGAUGCGAGCGGAGAGCCGGGUCGUGGAGGUUGAGAAGCAGUGCUCAAUGUUAGAGUUUGACCUCAAGCAGUCUGUGCAGAAGAUGGAGCAGCUGAUGAAGCAAAAAGAGAGGCUGGAAGAUGAGGUGAAUAAUCUGCAGAUACAGGGAGAUCAGGAGUCAAGCAAGCGUGUCCAGUCUCAGAACGACCUGAAGAGCCGCAUGCAGGAGGUGGACCGCCUCAGGUGUUCAGAGAAGCAGCUCAAACAGGAGAUCAACACGGUGCUCGAGAGUAAACGCUCGCUGGAGUUCCAGCUGGCACAGCUAACCAAACAAUACAGAGGCAACGAGGGACAGAUGAGGGAACUUCAGGACCAGCUUGAGGCCGAACAGUAUUUUUCGACGCUUUACAAAACUCAGGUCAAGGAACUAAAAGAGGAGAUUGAGGAAAGGAACCGGCAGGUACAAGAGACUCAUAAAAAGGUGCAGGAGCUGUGCAGUGAAAGGGACUCCCUGUCCGCCCAGCUGGAUCUGACGGUGACCAAGGCCGAGUCCGAGCAGCUUGCCCGGGCGCUGCAGGAGGAGCAGUACUAUGAGCUCAACCAGGAGAACAAAAAGGCAACCAGCAGACAUAAGCAGGACAUCGGGGAAAAGGAGUCUACUAUUGCCCGGCUUGAGGAGUCCAAUAACACUCUGACCAAAGAUGUGGAGAACCUCAGCAAAGAGAAGGCUGAGUUAAGUGAGACGCUUAGUACUCAAGAGGAAGAGUAUGCAGCUCAGAAGGAAGAGAUCGCAAAUGUAAUCAAGGCCAACUAUGAGAAGGUCCUCAACACGGAGCGCACACUGAAGACUCAGGCGGUGAACAAGCUGGCCGAGAUCAUGAACCGUAAGGACAUGAAGCUGGACCAGAAGAAGAAGGGCAGUACUGCCGACCUGCGGAAGAAGGAGAAGGAGAACCGCAAGCUCCAGCUGGAUCUUAACCAGGAGAAAGACAAGUUCAACCACAUGGCCAUCAAGUACCAGAAAGAGUUGAGCGAGAUGCAGGGGCAACUGGCAGAGGAAUCCACAUAUCGCAACGAGCUGCAGAUGCAGCUGGACAGCAAGGAGAGCGACAUCGAGCAGCUUCGGGAGAAACUGAACGACCUGCAGCAGCGCAUGGAUAGCUCUAGUGUCACCAGCUUGCAGACCGAUGAGACGGACAGCAACAUUGCAGAAUCCCGAUUGGAGGGCUGGCUGUCGAUUCCUAACCGAGCUAAUAUCAAGCGAUACGGAUGGAAGAAGCAGUAUGUGGUGGUGAGCAGCAAGAAGAUUCUGUUCUACAACGACGAGCAGGAUAAGGAACAGUCCAACCCCUCGAUGGUACUAGAUAUCGACAAACUGUUUCACGUGAGACCCGUCACACAAGGAGACGUGUACCGAGCGGAGACUGAAGAGAUUCCAAGGAUAUUCCAGAUCCUUUACGCCAACGAGGGAGAGUGCAGGAAGGAGGCGGACAUGGAGACGGGCCCUCAGGGCGACAAGACCAACUGUCUCCCACACAAAGGCCACGAGUUCAUCCCCACGCUGUACCACUUCCCUUCCAGCUGUGAGGCCUGCUCCAAGCCUCUGUGGCACGUCUUCAAGCCGCCGGCGGCGCUGGAGUGUCGCCGCUGCCACGUCAAGUGCCACAAGGACCACCUCGACAAAAAGGAGGACGUUAUCGUUCCUUGCAAAAUAAACUACGAUGUGACCUCUGCCCGGGACAUGCUCCUGCUGGCUCUGAGCCAGGAUGAGCAGAAGAAAUGGAUCGGCCAUCUUGGAAAGAAGAUUCCCAAGACCCCGCCAUCCACGUUUUCCAGAGCCUCACCUCGUUCCAUGUCCACUCGCUCCGGACCAAACCAGUCCUUCCGCAAGAACCCUAAAAGCAAUACGGGAAAGCUGAGCAGAGCGCAGUCCAGCCUCCAAGCAGCAAACACAACAUCCAGCACUUGUUGACAGGAACUUCUUCAGAAAGUGUUGAUACUUUUUUAGACUUUUGUUUUUUUUUCCCUUCAGCUUUAAACUUGUCUAUUUAUUAAUUGUGUUCCUGGGUGUUUCUAACACGAGACACUUCCUGGUUGGUUGGUUGGUUGACUCCUGGGCUCUUUCCAGUUGGCACUUGGGAUUUUUCUAAUUGGCACUAACGUGUUGUUGGGUUCAGUAGCUAACAUGGACUUACUGUGCAACUCUUCGCUAGAAUGGUCCAUAAAAAGGAUUUUUACGAAACAUGCAGAGGUGUUAACGGUGUUGCAGUGUCUAUAAACCGGCUUUUCUGUUGUAUGUUGACUCUGAUUGGCUUACUAACCGAGCUAAAGAUAUGUCUCUCUUUUACUGGACACCUGUCUUUGUUUUUGUUUCUUUCAGCUAACCAUCUGAACCGUUUGGAUUUUUUUCUGGACUCUAAACUUUGCCUCCUUCCUCAUCCUCAAAAAAAAAACCUGGAGAAACCUGUAUUUACAUAGAAAAUUCAUUGCAAAGAGAGAGUAUAUCAAUAAAUAUCUAGCGCUGGAAAAUUGCAACACAUAUCAGACACAAAGGCAUCGUGGACAUAAAGAGGCCUAACACCAGGCUCCGCCGUCUUUUCCACAAGAAACGACCAUCGUUCAAACUCAACAAACUUGCAGCUCUCCAUUUCUACCAGAAGAUGGCACACUCGUCCUGGACUUAAGAUGGACAGUGUGCGCGGAUAGAGGGACUCAUGUCAUGGAGACGUUCUGUGUUUCAUAUUAUGUGACAGUUAUGACAGUGGGAAGGUAAACGGGGGUUUUGCUGGGACUCCUGCAAGUGUGUCCUCAGUUUAAGGUACCGUCAUACAGGGAUUGCGGAUCUGCAGUGACUCGGGUGGAAAAUGAAUAUCAAAUGUUGUAAUUUUUUUUUUUCUCCCACCACCUGACAGAUACUGAAGCCAAAACGCAAGCGUGCUUCUGUCUCCAGUUAAAGAAAAUGACUGAUGCCUUUAUCUAGUAUCUCUGGCCUUUUUGCCUUUAUUCUUAUCACUCUGCAAGUCACUUAUCAGGUUUGGGACAGAGUAUUGGGACAUAAGUAUUAGAUGUUUUGAGUAUUGAGUGAGGAAGCAUGCAAGAUCAUCAUUUAAAUCUAUGCAUUAUUUUUAUUAUAAUUAUUUUUAUUGCUCCAAGCCAUAAGGAAUAUUCCAUUGUAAUGGCAUAUAGGAGUCCUAAAACUUAAUAGUUUUUUCUGUUUAUUUGGUACAUUCUGUUUUUGUUUUUUUUGUUGUAAUGUAUUGCCUUACAUUGAUUCAUAGAUACGUGGUUCAAAAGGAAAACAUUAAGUUAACAAAUGUAAAACUGCACUGUUUGAAUUGUAAAUUAUUUGUAGACUAAACAGGUGUAGCAUUUGGCCCACCUAGUGCCUUAACGUUUGGAUAUUGAUUUUACUGCCAUAUCUGUUUGUUGUUUUUUUUUUUUCCCUCCAAAACAAGACAAAUCUUAACUCUUCCAUCAUUUAUUGUUUAAGAAAUCGCCAUGCAUCUGUGGUUUUAUUGGAAAUUCUUCUCUCUGGUUUGAGUAUAUAAAAUAUAUAUAUUAGAUUACCUCUUUAUGGACACAUUGCAAUAGAGUUAGCGUGUCAAAAGAAAGUCCCUAAACUCGGUUCAUAUCAGAAGACAAAUUUCAGGAUGGUGUACCUAAAGGGAGACCACAAGAAUCGAUGAGUGUCCUUGUUAACAAUUACGAGUUGUUUCUCUAACACGGUAAUGUCCCGUUAAUGCAAACCCCCCCACAGUGUAUAUAAUGAGAGCGACAUAAGGAUUAUGGAAUACCUCUGCAAUCUUUUUAUUUGUAACUUUUUGUUCAGUUAAAAAAAAAAAAAAGCACUGGAACUAUGAUCUACUCUUGUCUUGGAUAAUUUGCAUGGUUAAUUGCAUUGGAGUCCGCACUGAUGGAUAUGUCAAUAAACAUAUCUUUAUCAUU